AUGCUGCAGUACAGGCCGGCCCAGGAGUUCAGCUUCGGUCCGCGGGCCCUGAAGGAGGCGCUGGUGUCCAGCGACCCGGCCCUGCAGCGCCUCUACGCGGCUGCCUUCACCCCAGCGGAGAGGCUGUUCCUGGCCGAGGCCUACAACCCCCAGAGGACCCUCUUCUGCACGCUGCUCAUCCGCACGGCCUUCGACUGGCUCCUCAGCCGCCCAGAGGCCCCCGAGGACUUCCAGACCUUCCAUGCCUCCCUGCUGCCCCGGAGACAGAGCCCUGCCCGGAAGCAUAUCUACCUGCAGCCCAUAGAUCUGAGCGAGGGCCCGGCGGGUGGCGCCCUGCUGGAGUACCUGCGGAACUGCACGGAGGCCUUUUUCCUGGGCUUGCAGGUCCGGUGCCUGCCCUCAGUGGCGGCUGCGUCCAUCCACUGCUCCUCACGCCCCAGCCAGGACUCCGACAGGCUCCAGCUCCACACUGACGGAAUCCUGUCUUUCCUGAAGAGCAGCAAGCCCGGCGACGCACUGUGCGUGCUGGGCCUCACACUGUCUGACCUGUACCCCUGCGAGGCCUGGAGCUUCACCUUUGGCAAGAUCCUGCCAGGGCACGAAGUGGGCGUGUGUAGCUUUGCCCGGUUCUCGGGGGAGCUCCUGCAGUCGGGGCCCGGUGCCGCAGAGCCAGCCCUGGUCCAGGCGGCAGCGGAUGGCCCUGAGAUGCCCGUGCAGGACAGAGACCAGACGCUGUGCUUCAGCGCCCUGGGGAUGGUCCAGUGCUGCAAGGUCACCUGCCACGAGCUCUGUCACCUGCUGGGGCUGGGGCGCUGUCGCUGGCUACGUUGCAUCAUGCAGGGGGCGCUCAGCCUGGACGAGGCCCUGCGGCGGCCCCUGGACCUCUGUCCCAUCUGCCUGCGGAAGCUGCAGCACGUCCUGGGCUUCAAGCUUGUUGACAGGUACAAGAGACUCUAUGCCUGGACUCAAGCUGGGAUGCGGCCCGACCCGGGCAUAGGGGCAUCUUCUGCCGCAGAUGAGACUCCGCCCUGCAGCGCCGACUCGGGCCUGAGCUGCGAGAGUGGCUCAGAGCCUGGCAGCAGCCUGUCGGAGCCCCUGACCCCCGAUGUGUGGAGCUGCACCCCAUCUGCAGGGCCCGAACUGGAGCCUGAGGAGGGGCUAGGCUCCCCGACUGCCUCUGACAGCCCGCCCGGGCCCCCGGUGGACGCCAUCCGGGAGCACAGACGAUGGCUGGAGCAGUGCAUCCGAGCCCUGGAGCGGGAGGUGACGGAGGAGGAGCUUGCGCAGGUGGACCGGGCCGUGGACGCCCUGGCCGGGUGGGAAAUGUUCACGGGGCAGCUCCCGGUCCCCAGGCAGGACCCACCCUGUGGCCGCGACGGCUCUGGACUGCGCCGGGUCCUGGGUGACACAUUAUCUUCUCUGCGGAGGAAGCUGAGCACACGCAAGCUGUCCAAGGCAGGCUCGUCCCCUGGCCGCAGGAGCGAUGAGGGGAAGUAGGAGACCGUCUGACCCCAGGACGCCGCCCCCCACCCAGCCUGCUCUGCAGAAGCAGAGAAACGUCCCCCUGCAGCCCUGCUACUGCCCCCUUGCCCCAUUCCCUGCAGGGAGUCCUCGAGCCUGGCUUGGAUGGUGGCCGGGGGUUGGGGCUGCAGCCAGUCUGCACCUGGAGAAGCGGUGGGGGGUGGAGGCUCCAGUUUCUAUCUAUGCUGUAUGCCCCCUGUCCUCCCACCCUUCCUAGAGUGGGACUUUCUCACACUCACGGCUUUCUGGUCCUCAGGCCUUCACGUGGCAUCCCAGAGACCGCUGCAUGCUGUCACCCACAGUGGUGACAGCAAAGGCACUACUCAAAGGCGUUUCUCACUCGUUCCAACAAGUGCCGAGGGUGUGGCCGGGGUGGCCAGCCCGGGGGUCAUCUGUCUGCCUCCAAUUCUGUCAAACUUUGUUUCCCACAUUUGAAGCCCCUCUGUGUGCA